AAGAGGAAAAGAAAAAGAAAAAUAAUACCGCAGCCCCCUGGACGAGUCCAUCGUCUAGAUCCAGAAACAACACAUCGAUCGAUCUGACCUAGAUCUCGGCGGACCUAGAUCUCGGCGGUGCCAUCAUGCCGGAGCCUCCCCGUGCCCGCCCUUUCCUUGUGCUGGGCGCAGCCGUGUUCGAUUUCUCGACCCUCACUGACGAUGGAGGCGAACAUUGGGGCUCGCUGGAGUGCUCGACGAAGACGGCCUUCGGCUGCGGGGCGAUUGGCAAGCACGUCGUGCAGGGCCUCUCACUCAUGGUGCGCAUCGGUAAAGACGACGACCCCAACUGCUUCCCUUCCCUGGCGAUCGACGUCGCCGACGAGGUCUUGCGUCGCUUGGAGGCAGAGAUGUCCGACGAGGAUGCCGAGAUUUGGGGGAGGGAGCUCUGCCUCCGCUCCCACCUUCAAGUCGUGGAAGCGGGCAUUAUGAUCCUCGGUUUGAACUUCAUCAACACGGAUGAAACCAGCCCUUACCGAUCCUACUACCUCGUCUACGACUCCGCAACCACGUCGCUCUCACUGGUCCCCAUGCUUGAUGAUUGCCGGGUCGUUGGCACCGGGUACCCUCUCCCCGUGCGCCGCGGUGACGACAGCUACUCCAUCAUCCUCAUGGCGACCAAGCCGAAGCAGGGCAAGCUGCCCGUUGUCUGCAUGUGGUCGAUGAGGCCGCCGUCGGGGUCAUCGGAUGACGCCUGUCCGUGGAACAAGAGUAGGGAGCGUCAGCCCUUGAAAGGCGACGAUUGGAUGGUGGACACGGCCUUCUCGUGGCGCGGCAAGGCUAUCUGGGCUGAUUUCGCUCAAGGCCUGCUCUACUGCAAAUGCAGCAAUCUGUUCAGUGGCAUGGGGCGUGUGGAUUUCGAGUUUGUGCUGUUGCCUGAGGAACACAGGAUUGCACACGAAUACGCCCGCCACAUGGCGCCUAUGCAUGUGUACCGCUGCAUUGGCGCAUCUGGGAACUACAUAUGGUUCGUUGUCAUCAUACCAUCAGAACGUGACCCUCCUGCUGAUACCAUUGUGGAGGUGUGGACUCUGGACCUCCUGUCCGAGGAGGCAGGCCAGAAGAAUUGGAAGAAACACAAGGUCUUCUCAAUGGAAGACAUCUGGGAGCAGGAUGCAUUUUUCAAGGUGAGGUUGCCAAUGACCAAGCCCAGGUACCCCAUGGUGAAGCAGGAGGACGAUGGUGUCCUCUACAUGCUGCUUCCUACUGCCAGAGGCAGAAGUGGUUACCUGUUGGGCAUCGACAUGAACGAUGUUGUGACGCCCCUUAUGUCGAUCAGAUAUCUUGCCAUCCCGUAUAUGAGUCGCACUUAUUUCCUGCCUGCUCCGCCUUGCUUCACUACUUCAUGCGAUUAGUGAAUCAUUUGUGUCCAAAUGUCCGCUGCUGUGAGCAAUCUAUGAAUGUCACAAGCCUUUUCGCCUCCUCCUCUUUUGGCGAUCUACGAAUUCUAAAGACUCGUCGCUUUCUCCUCGAUGUGGUGAUCAACGAAUGCCUUUUGCUGCCUUCACUGUUUUGGCGACCUAUGAAGCAGAGCUGGACUACUAUUUGUUUAACUUUUAACUUAAGUAUGUCAGAAGACUCCUAUCUGUAUUGACAAUAGUCAGUAGUAUUACUAUUGCCGUUUUAAAACUCCAUUGACCUUUUGUGCGCAGUAAAUUUUAUUUACCUU